AUGAAGGGAACCGCGACGGCGUUGGCGGUGUUGGCUGUCCUGAGCGCAGCCGCGUGUCAGGAGUACGGAGGAGCACACUCGAGAGUCCAGCGAGCUGCUCCGGCGUCGCCCGCGGACGUGAUGGCCCAAAAUAUCCUAGAGUGGAUUCAAGGGAUCUACCGGCAGGGCGCACGUAAAAUUCGUCAGCAGUCGGAUCCGUCCGGAUACCUGCCGCCCUACAGCACUCAAAGGCCACCAGAAAGACCGAGACCUUUCCAAGUUCCAUCGAGCGGACAACAGCCGAGCUAUUCGUCCCCUACGCAAAACGAGGUAACGAGUUACCCUUACCAGAGGCCGUCCGCGGGUUUCUCUCCGACGAACGUUGCUUUCCCAUCCGGUCAGCCGUCCACCGUUCAAGCUCCACCGUUCUCCACCCAAAGACCAACGUACCUUCCGCCGAACAAUCAAUCGCCGUACGGACCACCGUCCACCUCGUACAACCCCCGACCUACACCGCCCUCCUACUCCAACUCCGGUUCCUCUGCGUUUCCACCGUUCAGUUCGACGAGAAGCUCGACAACCUAUCUGCCACCAUCGACCGGUUAUUCGACCACCAGCCCACGAUCACCGACCGCCGCUCAGGCAGCUGGAAUCUCGACGAAUUACGGUUACUCGACACCCGGUGGAUUUUCAGCUACGUACGGUUAUUCGACCCAAAAAGCUAGUCCUUCUUACGGCCCGUCCGCGGACGGAAGCGCUUCGAUCGGCGGAUAUCCGGCUGCGGGUAGUGGAUUCACCACUUACGGAUACCCCACCGAAAAUCCUAGACCUUCUUUCCCAACCCCUGAACCUGGAGCUGGAGGGGGUUCGUAUGACCAAGCGACUGGAUACCCCGCUUCCACGGGUUUUCCAUCCCCCACCCCAGGCGGAGCAUUUCCACCUGUGGACAACUCCGGCGGAACCAGCGGCCCCACUGUUGUUAACCCUCCCAGCGGACAAGGCUCGAGUGGCACUGGUACAGUAACAGGAGAGGGGACAGUCGCAGAGGACGACGAUGACUUGAAACAUCCGCCGCAUAUCCACGCUCUCGACGUUGAGUGCAGCAAAACCAUGAUGACCAUCAACAUCGAAUUCAAUAGGGUCUUCGACGGAGUGAUUUAUUCGAAAGGUUACUUCAUGAACCCGGAGUGUAGGUACGUCGAACAGAAUUCGGGCCAGACCAAGUAUUCGUUCACGGUGAAUCUGGAUUCCUGCGGCACUCAAUUCAUCAACGACUUUGCCGGUGAAGCUGGCCAAGCUUAUCUCGAGAACGUGUUGGUUUUGCAGAACGAGCCUGGCAUUCAGGAGGUCUGGGACACGGUGAGAAGAGUCCGUUGCCUCUGGGAGGGAAACAUCAAUAAAGCGUUAACGGUCAACUUCUCCGUCGAUAUGCUCAAUCAAGAGAUCGUAACGUUCAGCGGUGAUACGGCGGUCGCUAAAUUGGACAUACAGGUCGGAAGAGGUCCGUUUGCGGCCGCGGCCGACGGACUCGUGAAAAUCGGAGAGACCAUGACUCUGGUCGUUUCCGUCGAAGGUGAUCCCGCCUUCGAUCUUCAAGUACGCGACUGCAUCGCUCGUGACGAGUCGUCCGCUAACACUAUACAAUUAACGGACGAAAGAGGCUGUAUACUUAAACCGAAAUUGUUCGGAGCGUUCCAAAAAACGAACGACACCGGAAACACCGGGGCCUCGAUUAUCGCGUACGCUUACUUCCAAGCGUUCAAGUUCCCCGACGUGAUGGAUCUGUUCAUCGAGUGCAACGUCGAGUUGUGCAAAACCGAUUGUGAACCCUGUCCAGAAUCGGAUCAGCAAAUUGAACCGGGCAGACGGCGUCGAUCGGUGAAUUACACGCCAUCGAGCACUCCCUCAAAUACUUCGGCGGUGCUUCUGUCCGAACCGGUACGCGUCACACGAGGCUUCAGAGUGAUCAUGGUAGACGAUUUGACCGAAGCCAGUAACCAGCUAUUGGAACACCUCGAACACACCGAUAUAGAAGAAGUCUCGAGAACCAGGACGAACGUUUGCAUGACCUACAGCGGAUUCUUCCUCGCGAUCUCGUUCAUGCUGAGCACCAUGGUGGUAACGACGAUCAGCGCGCUCGUAUUCUACGUUAAAUUGCAAAGACUUUACAGAUCGAAGUGUAUAAACUCGUAG